AUGAUUAUAAACGAUUUACAACCGAUUUCCAACGUUGAAGAUAAUGGUUUCAGAGCACUAAUCACUGGCAUUGAACCAUACUAUACUAUGCCCAGUCGAUUUACAUUUGCAAAUUCAUUUUUGCCCCAAAAAUUUCGACAAAAAACUGAAAAGUUAAAAGUUUUGUUAUCCAAGACUACUUCAGUUGCGAUCACCACGGAUGCUUGGACUGCUCAACAUAGUCAAACUGGUUAUAUAGGUUACACAGUUCAUUUUAUUACAGAAUAUUGGGGCCUUUAUUCCAGUUUAUUAAAGUGCCAUUUUGACGAGAGUCAUACCGCACAAAAUUUAAAAGAUGAUUUAUGUAAUGUUAUUAAUGAAUGGGAUAUUUUAAAAAAAGUGUACACAAUAACGACAGAUAAUGCUGCAAAUAUAAAGGCAGCAAUAAAGUUGGCUGAGUAG